GAUUCAUCGAUGACCAACGUAUCGCCAUCCGUGGAUCGCUAAUUUGUUGUUGGUAAAAAAAAGCUUUAAUGCCCAGCACAAACCAACAAACAAACAAACGCAUCAACAGUAUAAGAAAACGAUAGUAAGUCGGGAAAAUCAAAGUGCAAAUCUGAACAUAAAAUAAGCAGAGUGCGAGCAAGACAGCGCAUGCUGGGCGCCGCAGGAGCUGUAGAAGAAGAAGCAGUGAGAGUGAAGUUGACUGGAAGUGGAGUGGAAAAAGAAGAGCGAGAAGAGAGCCAGCGAAAACAACAAAGAACAACCAGUCGACUCCAAAAAUUGCCCUUUCAAUCUACCUCCAAACACGAGCAAAAUCCUCAUUCUAAUAAAAAGCUCAAUAACUAAAUGAGUAAACAUAAUAUUCACAUAAAGACGCCCUGAAGAACAACUUAAAAACUAAAAAGGGUCAUCUGGAGUGGGCAGAUAAAAGCAGCUGACGGACAAAAAAAAAAAAAACAUUUAAUCCCAUACCAGCUUUCUACGCCUGGAAGUCGCAAAGGUAGAGCUCAAGAGAGGGGGAGCUAGCUCCCUGAAACCCCAGGAACCACAAAACUCCACUUGGACCACGAAAUAAUCAUAAGCACGAAAAAACACAGACCAGACCAGUUGCCUUUUAAGCCCGCCACAAGAUGGCGUGCCUUAACACCCUGAAGCAGGAAAUCAAAACGCUAGAGAAGAUCUUCCCGAAGAACCACGAGCGCUUUCAGAUCCUCAAUUCCAGCGUCGACGAACUGCUCUGCCGUUUUAUCGAUAAGAAUGGAAAGCGGUACGAUAUUCACGCCAACAUAACGGAAACGUAUCCCUCAUCGCCGCCAGUUUGGUUCGCCGAAAGCGAGGAGACGAGCGUCACAAAUGCUGUUCAAAUACUUAGCAAUACGAAUGGACGUGAUAAUCACGUGAUCAAUCAGGUGGGCAUACUGCUGCGUGAGCUGUGCCGCCUUCACAACGUUCCACUGCCACCCGACAUCGAUAAUUUGGCUCUGCCGCUGCAAACGCCGCCGCCAUCCGCUUCCCCCCUUCGCUGCGAGCAGAGACCAGGUGGUGGUGGAGCGGGGGGCGGUGGCGGACCCCACGGCAACGAGGAGACCGAUUCGGAUCAGGAGGAGAUCGAGGAUCCCAUCGGCGAGAGCGAACAGGAGAGCGAGGGCGAUGAGGACUUGCCGCUGGAAAUGGAUGAUGUACGCAGUACAAGCAAGAAGGACGACAUGGAAGUGGAACACCUAGCGACUCUAGAAAAACUGCGUCAAAGUCAGAGACAAGACUAUCUAAAAGGUUCCGUUUCGGGUUCCGUGCAGGCAACCGAUCGCUUAAUGAAGGAAUUACGCGACAUUUAUCGCUCAGACGCCUUCAAAAAGAACAUGUAUUCUAUUGAGCUCGUCAAUGAGUCGAUUUACGAAUGGAACAUUCGCCUCAAGUCUGUCGACCCGGACAGUCCGCUGCACAGUGAUCUGCAAAUGCUCAAGGAGAAGGAGGGCAAGGACAGCAUACUGCUCAACAUCCUGUUCAAGGAGACGUAUCCCUUCGAGCCGCCAUUUGUGCGCGUUGUCCAUCCGAUUAUCUCAGGCGGCUAUGUGCUCAUCGGUGGUGCCAUCUGCAUGGAAUUGCUGACCAAACAGGGCUGGAGCUCGGCAUAUACCGUGGAAGCGGUUAUCAUGCAAAUUGCAGCCACUCUCGUCAAGGGAAAGGCGCGCAUCCAAUUCGGGGCUACCAAAGCACUGACCCAGGGCCAAUACAGUUUGGCUCGAGCCCAGCAGAGCUUCAAAUCUCUGGUGCAGAUUCACGAAAAGAAUGGAUGGUUCACCCCGCCCAAGGAAGAUGGCUAAAACAAGAGAGUCCACUGAUGCACAUCCUUCCUAGAGUAACGCAUGCCAGCCUACACCAAUCAACACCACUCCUCACACCGCCAAAAUUAGCCUGUCCACAUCCGCCAAGCACACAUCCCGCACUCACUGCCGGCUUGAUCUGAUAUGUCUGAUGUCUGAUCUGGUCAGGACCAAUAUGGACGAAGCGCCCAUUUUUAAGAAGAUGGCCCACACAAUUACAUUGCUUGCUGCGUCGAUUGCGUAGUGGCCUGAAGCCGUGUAAUCUGUACAGAGUCUUGGAAACUGGAGCUGCAUAUAUUGGUGUAAAAGUGUCAAAAAAAAAAUGAGCAGCCGAAGAGUGUAAAAUGUCUAUGUCUAUAUCUGUUAUGUAUAUGAGUAUACUUUUAAUUUAAAUUGUAAAUGUAGUGGCUUUGAACCUUGAAAACAGCAACCACAAUCCCCAUACACUUUACACACACCCCUAAAUUGUAAAUUAGUUAAGUCGAAAUGUAUUCUUAUUUAAGUUUAACAAAUCCGUGGUAUCUUAAAUUUUUCCCUUUCCCUUUAACUGGUAAGCAAGCAACACAAGGAACGGCAUGUUGGGAAAAGUUGACGCGAUGUCGAUCGGAAUAGAUAUAUAUAUCUAUACAUACAUAUAAUUAUAAUUAUACAUAAAUAUAAAGAUAUAUAUUAAUAUUAGUGCGAGAGUUUAGCUUAAGCAGAAUAAUACAGAACGAUGCGUCGAAGAUGAGCAAAUUCUAAGUGUAAAUUCGUCUUUCCAAAUAAUCGUAAAAUAACGUAAAUCUAACUAUAAAAAAGAAUUAAAAAUGAAACCUAAAUCGAGUAGUUGGAGAACGAAAAUCGUAAAUAUUUGCAAGUAAAUUACCCAUUAUAUUAAAAAAAAGUUCGUUUUCGCGGGCAGCUGUUUUGCUGCCCCAUUAACAUUGUUUUUUUUUUUUUAUUAUGCGUAAAACGGCAGACAAAAUUUCAUUGUACAUUUCAAAACUGAAAUUGGCAUGCACGACGAAACGUUCAUUUUAAGUAUGUAUUUAAUAAAGAAAGAUAUAUACAUGCGUAAUGGGUAUUG